AUGGCUACACCUUCCGUGGCGCCGCCGACACUUACCGCUUACCGUAACACCGCCUUCGCCCCUCGUUUCCCUACUCAGCAGCCACCACCACGUGCUCAGCAACCCAACCAAUUCGGCGCGAAUGAGAAUCGCAGCCGCAGCAGAGGCGGACGCCAGCACGGCGGUGCACCAUACCACCGCAUACCAAAGCCGGUCCACACACGCGGACUCUCAAGUCGCAGAGACCGGCCGGCAGCUCGACAUCUUCUAUUGAUGGCGCGAUUGUGUACAAUGGAGAGGAUCUUGUUGGGCUUUGCAAGUACGAUUGAUGCGGGCGGAUGUGCUGGAGGUUGUGGGCAAUGA